UUAGAAUACAAAUUAAUAUUUUGUUUUUUUACUUAAAUAAUAUUGAAAUUUAAUGAAAAUAUCACAUUUAAAAUCAUGUUUUACGUUCAAUAACUUCGAUAGCUGAUAAAAACUGAAUAUUCGAUAAAAGUUUUUUUGAUAAUGCCUGACUCAUUUGUGUCGAUCUUAGAUAAUAAAAGUAUAUUUAUUAUGCACAAAUGCAGUAAUUCUUUGCAUUUGAAGGAACACAAUAAUUCAUUUUUAAAUUCAUUCAAUUUUUUAAGUUUUUGAACUUUUGGAUUUUAAAGAAUAUUAGUGUUUUUAUAUAUAAUAAAUAAUGAAAUAGAUUUUUAAAAAUUAUUCUAAAUAAUAUAUUAGCACAACUUCAUUUCUGGAUGAAUUAAUAAGAAAUGGCUUUGUUCAUUGGAGUUAUUUUUUUAUCCUUAAUUUCUCUCACAGUAUGUAAUGUUAUUUAUUAUCAACCUGAAGCUGUUCAUCUUGCUUAUGGAGAUAAUAUUCAUGACAUUGUUGUAACAUGGGCCACAAAGGAUAAUACUCGAGAAUCAAUUGUGGAAUAUGGAAUAAAUGGACUAAUUCUAACAGCUACAGGAAAUUCUACUCUAUUUGUUGAUGGUGGGAAUGAAAAACAAAAGCAAUAUAUUCAUAGAGUAUGGUUAAAAAAUUUAACACCUAAUACCAAGUAUAUUUAUCACUGUGGUAGCAAAUAUGGAUGGUCCAAUAUAUUCUAUCUGAAAACUAUUCCUGAGGAAUCAACGAAAUGGUCACCUCACAUUGUUAUCUUUGGUGAUAUGGGUAAUGAAAAUGCUCAAAGUUUAUCUAGAUUGCAAGAAGAAGCACAACGUGGAUUAUAUAAUGCAGCGAUUCAUAUUGGAGAUUUUGCAUACGAUAUGAAUUCUGAUAAUGCACGUGUUGGUGAUGAAUUCAUGAAACAAAUAGAAGGAAUUGCUGCUUAUUUACCGUAUAUGACAGUACCUGGUAAUCAUGAAGAAAAAUAUAAUUUUAGUAAUUACAGGUUUCGUUUUACUAUGCCUGGAGAUUCUGAAGGUUUAUGGUACAGUUUUAAUAUAGGACCUGUACACUUUGUAGGAAUAGAAACAGAAGCUUAUUAUUUUAUGAAUUAUGGUAUAAAACAACUUGUUAAACAAUAUGAAUGGUUAAAAAAAGAUUUAAUGGAAGCAAAUAUGCCUAAAAAUAGGGCACAAAGACCAUGGAUAGUUAUAUUUGGUCAUAGACCAAUGUAUUGCAGUAAUGCAAAUGCCGAUGAUUGCACUAAUCAUGAAAGUUUAGUCAGAGUUGGAUUGCCAAUUGUAAAUUGGUUUGGUCUUGAAGAUCUUUUUUUCGAAUACAAAGUAGAUUUAUUGUUAUGGGCUCAUGAACAUAGUUAUGAACGUUUAUGGCCCAUGUACAACUUCAAGGUACAAAAUGGUAGUUAUGAGAAGCCAUAUAAAAACUAUAAGGCACCUGUACAUAUAGUAACUGGGUCAGCAGGAUGUAAGGAAGGACGUGAAAAAUUUAUUUCACAUAAACCAAGUUGGUCUGCUUAUCGCAGUUCUGAUUAUGGAUAUACUAGGAUGAAAGUAUAUAAUCAAACUCAUCUUUAUCUUGAACAGGUAUCUGAUGACAAGGAAGGUGCUGUUUUGGACCAUGUUUGGCUCAUAAAAGAUGAUAUCUUACCAGCAUAUAAUUUAAAUCUCCUUGAUAAAUAAAAUAUGUAAAACAUAAAAUAUAGAAUAUAAUUUAGGAUGAAUUAAAACAAUA